CUGACCAAAGCAAGUAAACCCCAUUUUGCCACCUAGUUCAAGAAUGGAGAUAGCAACUUUCAGUGUGUCAUCUGCUACUAUAAUAAAGGAUUCCUUAUCAAGAACCUCAUUAUUAUCAACAAAAAAUAGAAAACCCCUUUUGCCCCUUUCACUUUGUCUCACUCUCAAAGCAUCAAAAUCAACACUCACAGUUGCUUCAAUGUCUUAUGAUAAACAACUUGCUGCUGCCAAGAAUGCUGCUUCACUUGCUGCUCGCCUUUGUCAGAAAGUUCAAAAAGUACUGUUGCAAGCAGAUGUUCAAUCAAAGUCUGACAAAUCUCCUGUGACUGUGGCUGAUUAUGGCUCACAGGCCGUGGUUAGCGUUGUUUUGCAGAAAGAGCUGGGUUUUGCGUCAUUUUCAUUAGUGGCUGAGGAGGAUUCUGGAGACCUUCGUAAAAAAGAGGGAAAAGAAACAUUAAGGCGUAUCAUAGAGCUUGUCAAUGAAACACUUGCAAGUGAUGGAACAUAUGAUAAUGCUCCUUUAUUUGAAGAAGAUGUCCUUGCUGCAAUUGAUAGCGGUAGAUCUGAAGGGGGUCCUUCUGGUCAGCAUUGGGUGUUGGAUCCUAUUGAUGGUACUAAAGGGUUUCUGAGGGGAGACCAAUAUGCAAUUGCAUUGGGAUUGCUAGAUGAAGGGAAGGUGGUUUUGGGCGUCCUAGCCUGUCCGAAUCUUCCAUUAGCUUCUCUUGCCUCCCACAAUCCACAGGAUGAUCAAGAAAAAGUUGGUUGCCUUUUUUAUGCCCAAGUUGGUUCUGGAACUUAUAUGCAGUCUCUUGACGGCUCUACGCCAAUAAAGGUGCAUGUAACUGAUUUAGACAACCCUGAAGAGGCGUCUUUUUUUGAAUCUUUUGAAGCAGCACAUUCCUUGCACGACCUAUCUAGCUUGAUAGCAAAGAAACUUGGUGUCAGAGCGCCCCCAGUUCGAAUAGACAGCCAGGCAAAGUAUGGUGCUUUGUCACGUGGAGAUGGAGCAAUAUAUCUGCGGUUUCCUCAUAAAGGCUACCGCGAGAAGAUUUGGGAUCAUGCUGCGGGAUAUCUUGUUGUUGCAGAAGCUGGAGGUGUAGUCUCAGAUGCUGCAGGGAACCCUUUGGACUUCUCCAAGGGAAGAUACCUCGAUUUACAUGAAGGGAUAAUCGUUACCAAUCAAAAGCUGAUGCCUGCUCUCCUUAAAGCUGUUAAAGAUUCUUUGAAUGAGAAAGCUUCAUCUUUAUGAUGAUCAAAUCAGUAACAAUAAACUGCAGCUAUCAAUUCGUGUAUUGUGUACACAAUUGUAGUUCCCAGAAUGCUACUUGAACCUGCUGAGUUUCACCUCUUCUUUUGCUUUUGCUAUGUCCAACUCAUCUUUGAUGAACAUUAUGUUUAACUUAAAAUCUUGCUUCUA